UGAGUAGGAGAGAACAUAACUCAAGCAAACUCAGAUUCUCUGAUGGCGAUUUAACGAAGACCGAAGACGAAGGAAGGACUGACUGAUUAAUUAAUGGACUCUCACUGUUCUCUGAGUCGACUCGUUCUGGUCACCUUCUUGGUCCUCUGCUUCUUCGCCGGAGAUUCAUCGGCGACGAGGCCUGGUUUCCUCUACACCAGACACAGAGGACGAUGCACGCCACAGUAUUGGAGCAGCGAGAGGGAAGCAUGGCCGAGGAUGGUACCGGAGAGAUCAACGGUCGAGAAAAUGUUCGGAGUGAUGGUUGCCAAAGAACGGUGGAGAUCUGAUCUGACGCUGUUGGAAUCAACGGCUAGGAACGACGAAGAAGGUAACGCAUACGAUGCGCUGCUGAAACAGGGGAUCGCAGCUCUUGUCAACUCUUACGCUAGAAAAAGUUUCUCUUAUGCGCCAUGGGAAGUGAAGACCAUGCUCAUUCAAGCCAUGGUUUCGGAGCCGGCGGCUCGCCGGCAAGCCCUACACUUCGCCGCUGCUAACGUGGCUUGUGACUAAAAAAAGUUAACGAGGAUCUAGUUGUACUUUUGUCUUCUUUAGAUUCGAAUCUAAGCUUCUUGUCGUGUCUAAGUUUGAAUGUUUGAUUCUGAUUUCUGACUCAAAACAAAUUAUUAGCUUUCUCUAUGUAAUGAUUGAUGAUGGUUCAACUUAUGUUUGCAGCUUAA